UUUAAAUGUCCAAUUACAAGUCGGGUCAAGACAAAAACGAUACCCCUUACUCUAAAUUUGAUAAUGAGGCUGGCCCAGCAGGAGCUAGUAAUCAGAAGAAUGGGAGAAGUAAAGCAGUGACUAAGAAUAAAGGGCUUAAUAGAAAAGGUAGUGACAGCAGCAUGGAGAGUGUGGACGAGAAGGACAUAGUCGGGUUCAUCUUUAAAGUCUGUAUAGUCAUUCUUCUUAUGCAUAUCUUCAUAGCUGGAGUCUGUAUCCUUGCAGUGAAGACUGCCUUCGGACCCUUUUUGGUAAAAAUCUUCUGGCUAGCAAUUGCAUGUGCCGUAAGUGCAAUAAUUAUUGUGAUGAUGUUUGGAUGCUGAGACUUUAUGAAGAAAUCACCUAGCAACCUAAUCUUUGUAAUCUUAUUAACUGUCUGAAUGGCAAUAGGGUUCGCAACUCUUAGUGCUGCAGGAGAGAAUCCUUUCGCUGUAUAUGUAUCUUGCUUUAUGACUUUAUUACUCCUUUCUAUUGUUACACUUUACUCUUCUUGGAGACAAGACAAUUUUAGUAGAUGAAGUGCAAUCGGCCUUGUCUUCCUAGUAGCUAUUGUUGUGACUCUUAUCUUUAUUAUUGUUACCAGUAAUAAAGAAGUGGAGGUAGCUCUCGGGUGAUCAGCUCCUCUCUUGUACUGCAUGUGCUUAGUAAUUGGGAUCGGAAGGCUUAAGGGAGAAAGAGCAAUGAAGUUAGGAGAAAAUGGGCACAUCAUUGCUCCACUCAAAGUUUAUUAUGAUAUUGGAUUUGUAGCCUCUAUUAUCUGAGAUAUAUUAACAAUUUGUGAUGACAACCCAGGAAGGAGAAGAAAUAGGUUCAAUAGAUGGUAACCUUUAACAUUUUCAGAUCAUGAAUUACUUUAAACU